AACCACUUGAGAGUAGUUGUUUCCUGACUUCUUCUACCGUCAUCUAGAAACAAAAGGGAGAAUUAUAAUUAUAAAUGGGCAGGUGAAGAACAACGGUAACGAAUUAUUGCGAUGUUCUUGGGUCAAAGAGUUGGUGAUAUGUCUUAUUCACGAUAAAUUUGUGCCUCCAAUCUUUUUCAACCCUUGACGCAUGAUAGAGAAGGCUGUGUCUGCGUGGGGCAGGGAGAUUACUCUUCGAUCACACUAAAAACAAUGAAUCUGUUAUCGCCAAUUGCAACUACGUUACAAAUUUGAUUUCAAAAUCAUUCUGAGCUGCCGAGCAUGGAACAGGGCCAGGCAGAGGCAGGCACAGAAAGUGAAUCCUGGGUACCAUGUGCAACAUUUGAUCUGUCGCGUAUUACUUUGAAUCUCUUUGCAUCGACGUGCAUCUAUGCCACGCAUUAGCACAAAGUGUCCAGUGUAUGUGAAAAUUCAGAUGUUGAUACCAUUUGCGAAGUGGAGCCUUCUGACGUAAAUGGCGUAAAUGGACUGCGUAGUUGAUUCGGGCGCACAUUUCCAGAGUUAUAUCGGGGACGUUGUGACUCACCGUCGUUAAACUUGUUGAAGCUCUGAAGGCGAGCUGAAAUCUCAGUGAAAUUAUAUCACUGAGAGCGAAGUCCCGAGGCCAGGCGGUAUCAGCAAAGUGAGCACAACGUGCGCGGUUAAAUUCAGGAGAUUCAUCGGAAAUUGGCGAGCAAUUAUGACUUCCGAGGAGCUUGAUAGCGAGAAAUGGGCAGGAGAAUUUUUAGGCCCAAACCUUUCGAUCCUCUCCUCUUUUCAGAUAAAGUUGGCACGUAUGUUGAUGGAGGAAGGACAGGCUCAUUUGUUUACAAAUUGGCCCUUGCCUGGUGAUAAGGACUUUGACAAGCUCCGCUUUUUUGACCAAGUGGCAAAGUUGGAUUCAAAUUAUCCAGGUGGAUUAGCGGCGUAUAUACGCAAUGCUCGUAAACUACUCGCAGAUUCAAAGGCUGGAAAGAACCCCUUUACUGGCUAUGUUCCAUCGGUUCCAAACGGUGAAAAGCUUAUUUACGGAGAUGAGAAGUUUAUGCAGUAUGAAGAAGCUGGUGCGAAGGAGGCACAACACAGUGCGUUUGUCCUAGUUGCCGGUGGACUAGGGGAACGCCUCGGAUACAGUGGUAUUAAGGUUGCUUUACCAUCUGAAACAACAACCGAGACCUCAUAUCUGCAACUUUACAUCAAUACCAUUUUGGCGCUUCAAGCUGCCAACAGCAAAGGUCGGAGCACAAGACUUAGACCAAUUCCACUUGUGAUCAUGACAUCUGAUGAUACACAUCGACACACGGUGGAGCUUUUGGAUAAUAAUAAGAACUUUGGGAUGCUGCCUGACCAGAUUGUGCUUUUGAAGCAGGAGAAGGUCGCUUGUUUAAGUGACAAUGAUGCUUCCAUAGCCAUGGAUCCUUCCGACAGCUUCCUAAUCCAGACCAAACCUCAUGGGCACGGGGAUGUUCAUAACGUUCUCUUCAGUAGUGGGCUUCUCUCGAGAUGGCAGGAAGUUGGUGUAAAGUGGGUGCUCUUUUUCCAAGAUACCAACGGAUUGCUUUUCAAGGGCAUUCCAGCGUCGCUGGGUGUAAGUGCUUUGAAAGAUCUUGAUGUGAAUUCUCUUGCUGUCAACCGCAAAGCCAAGGAGGCCAUAGGUGGAAUAGCAAGGCUCACCCAGGAUAAUGGGUCAGAAAUGGUUAUCAAUGUUGAGUACAAUCAACUGGAUCCCCUUCUACGUGCCACCGGUCAUGCUGAAGGAGAUGUUAAUGAUGAAACAGGCUUCUCGCCAUUCCCUGGAAACAUUAACCAGCUAGUUUUGAAGCUCAGCUCAUACACUGAGGAGCUCUCCAAAACAAACGGAGCAAUUGUCGAAUUUGUCAACCCGAAGUACAAGGAUGCAAGUAAAACAUCCUUCAAAUCAUCCACAAGAUUGGAAUGCAUGAUGCAAGACUAUCCGCGAACAUUAAAUUCAUCAGCGAAGGUUGGAUUUACGGUGCUUGACACUUGGUUGGCUUAUGCUCCGGUGAAAAACAACCCAGAAGAUGCCGCAAAAGUACCACGAGGCAAUCCUCUCCACAGUGCAACGUCGGGGGAGAUGGCUAUCUACAGGGCAAAUUGCAUGAUUUUGCAAAAGGCAGGUGUGAAUAUCGAAGGCCCAAAGAUAGAGAUUUACAAUGGCCAAGAGACUGAGGUAUGGCCUCGGGUUGUCUGGAGUCCAAAAUGGGCACUGACAUUUUGUGAUGUCAAACGAAAGGUUAAGGGCCUUUGUCAAAUUUCCCAGAAGUCAACGUUAGUGCUCGACGGUGACAACGUGACUCUGGAAAACCUAGUCCUUGAUGGUGCUCUUUUUAUACGUGCUACAGGUGGUUCGCAGGUUAACAUCAAAUCGAUGCGGGUUUUUAACGAUGGGUGGAAAAUCACCCCCGUGGACUUCGCAGACAAAUCCUACCGUGAGGAAAUCAGAAUGAGAGGAUUUGAAUUCCAACGACUCGGUCAACAAACUUUGUUUUUUGAUCAACCAGGAGAGUGUUGUGUGAGCAAUGUAUCUAUGUGAUUAUAAAAAUUUACUACAAUAUUGAUUCGGCAUUGUUUUAUAUUUGGACUAAAGUUUUACACUAUACAUAACUCCAAGAUGAUAAAAAGGAUCACAGUUGCAGGACCCUAGAGGCAUGAUGGUGGAUCUUUCACUUAGCUUAAUGUUACUACACAUGUUAAUCAACUCAUGCCCUUUUUUGUGAGUUUAGUUCGUGACUGGCAGAAAUGCAGGAUGGUUCCAAGAUGCUUGCCAUUGUAAGCAAUUCGAAUUUUACUCCAGGAGCCGUAUAAUAAGAAAGAAUGUCAAGGUUAUAAUCUUUUG